AUGCUUCUUAAGAACAAUAAUAUCCCUCAACCUUGUCAUAACCAUUUUUUCCUUGUCAUUGCAGUAUCUCUCAAGUCAACCAUGGUUUACACAGCUAUCGAUACAUUCUAUCUCACAGAUAAACAACUUAAGAACACACCUUCAAGAAAAGACGGAAUAGAUGAAGCCACUGAAAUGGCACUUAGAAGAUAUGGCUGUGAUCUUAUACAAGAGAGUGACCACAACAAUUUCAACGUGAAGAGAGUUGCUGCUACUUGCAUUUGGCUUGCAUCAAAACUAGAGGAAAACAUCAGGACUCUAAGGCGAAUCAUCUAUAUUUUUCACAUAAUGGAAUGUAGAAGGGAGAAUCUACCUUUAGAGCAUUUGGAUACAUCUUCGAAGAAAUAUCUGGAAUUAGAGGCGGAUUUGAAAAGAUGCGAACUACAAGUACUGAAGGAAAUGGGUUACAUCUGCCACGUUGAACUUCCUCAUAAAUUCAUGGUAGCUUACCUUGAAGUUCUUGAAGCACCCCAUCAGAUGAUACAAGAAGCGUGGAAUAUUGCAAACGACAGUAUGCGUACAACUUUAUGUGUGCAAUUGAAGAGUCACGUUGUGGCAUGUGGUGUUAUUUACACUGCAGCUCGCAGAUGCUAUGUUCAUCUUCCUGAAAACCCUCCAUGGUGGGAGCUAUUUGAUUCCAACAAAAAGGAGGUAGAAGAAGUUUGCAGAGUUGUAGAUCACUUAUAUAGUCUACUACCCAAACCACAAUAUAUACCCGUAUGCAAAGAAGAUGGUUCAUUUACAAUGUGUAAUACAUCAUUGGAUUCACGAUCCCAACCUCUUGCAGAGGAAGGUACAUCAAGUGGUGAUCCACUGAUGCUUGAUGAUGCAAAUACAAGGAAGGAUGAAGCAGAAGCUGUUUUAAAGAGCAAAGAACAUUAUAUGGAACCAAGCAUACCGAGACAUUGUCCAAGAUCGUUGGCUAAAUUGAUGGAGCACUGGUGGGACACUAACCCCACAAAGAGGCCUUAG